AUGUUCUUUAUAAUUGUCUGCAUUGUAGAGUACCUCGUCGCCGCCACCUGCGGCCCCGUCGCCACCACCUGCGGCCCCGUCGCCGUCACCUGCGGCCCCGUCGCCGCCACCUGCGGCCACGCCGCCGCCACCUACGGCCCCGUCGCCGCCACCUGCGGCCCCGUCGCCGCCAACUGCGGCCACGCAGCCGGCACCCUGCGGCCCCGUCGCCACGUGCGGCCCCGUCGUCACCACCUGCGGCCCCACCGACGUCACCUGCGGCCCCGUCGCCCUCCCCUAGCGGCCCCGUCGCCCUCCCCUAGCGGCCACGUCGCCGCCUCUACCGGCCCUGUCACCGCUCACCCGCCGAGCGACCGAGCCACCCAGCAGCCGAGCGGCCCACCAGCCGAGCCGCCGAGCCGCCCAGCAGCCGAGCCGCCCAGCAACCGCGCUGCCCAGCAGCCGAGCCGCCCACCUGCCGAGCAGCCGAGCCGCCCACCAGCCGAGCCGUCGAGCCGCCUAGCAGCCGAGCCGCCCAGCAGCCGCGCCGCCCAGCAGCCGAGCCGCCCACCUGCCGAGCAGCCGAGCCGCCCAGCAGCCGAGCCGCCCAGCAGCCAAGCCGCCGAGCAGCCGAGCCGCCCACGAGCCGAGCAGCCGAGCCGCCCAGCAGCCGAGCCGCCCAGCCGCCGAGCCGCCCUACUGUCGAGCCGGUGCUGUUCCUACCGGGUGUUCCCCCUCCCCCCUCUUGCCCUCUGUUGUCUCUCCUGCUGCGGGCCGACCUCGUUGGUUUCAAGUCGGUUUGGCGCUGCGUCUGCCCCUAGCGGGAGACGCCGCACCGGCAAGGGCAAGGGGGGCAAGGGCGCUGGAGGGGCUGGCGGGGGGCGGUGGAGGUGGUGGUGGAGGCAGUGGAGGGGGGUGGGGGUGGUGGUGGGAGUGGUGGCGGGGGUGGAGGUGUCGGUGGCAGCAGUGGAGGCGGAGGAGGCGGCGGCGGUGGCGGAGGGAGCGGAGGCGGCGGAGGUGGUUGAGGCGGCGGAGGCGGCGGAGGUGGCGGAGGCGGCGGCGGCAGCAGUGGACUUGGUCGCGGCUCUGUGCAGAGGAGUGGCUCCGGUGGUGGUACGCGCCAGCAGCAGCAGCGCAGUCGUGAGACCCUGUCCCCUCAGCAGCUUCGUGAGUGGUACGCUGCGCGUCAGCUCGGUGGGGGUACUGGUCCCUGCACCUACGUUGUCCGCACUGGCAACCGCGCUGGUGAGUAGUGCGGGGGCCCGCACUCCACCCAGCGCUGCUUCGGCCGCCUGA